GAGCAAUAUGGCGCCGCCGACAAUGCUGGGCAAGGUGUACUCGCUCUUUUUCCGCAGAACGUCCACCUUCGCGCUCACUAUCGCUGUGAGCGUCUUGUUCUUCGAGCGCGCCUUCGACCAGGGAGGGGACGCCAUCUACGGCACCAUCAACCAAGGGAAGCUGUGGAAGCACAUCAAACACAAAUAUGAGGAGGAAUAGCUGCUGACGGCCGGCCCCCAGCGAGGAGAAGACCCAACCCGGAGCUGUGUAGGACCACCCAGACAUGGCAUCCAUCCCUUGGCUUCCAGACUGCCGUCCCAUCUGUCUGAGAACCCACCAAUAAAUGGGACAUGAAUUAUCUGUGAA